GUGGAAUCCUCAAGUCAUCGCGAUACUAUCAUCCAGUCCUUUGCCUGCUGAAUCCAGCUGGUACCCUGCCUGCCAAGGACUGUUCUCUUACAGGUAAGGUGAGCCUCAGACUAUCAUGGGAAACAUCUUUGGGAACCUGUUGAAGAGCCUGAUAGGCAAAAAGGAGAUGAGGAUCCUCAUGGUGGGGUUGGAUGCUGCUGGGAAAACCACCAUUCUCUACAAGCUGAAGCUGGGAGAGAUAGUCACCACCAUACCAACAAUUGGUUUCAAUGUAGAAACAGUGGAGUACAAGAACAUCAGCUUCACUGUUUGGGACGUGGGUGGCCAGGACAAGAUCCGUCCUCUCUGGAGACACUACUUCCAGAACACGCAGGGUUUGAUCUUCGUGGUGGAUAGUAAUGACCGUGAGCGGGUGAACGAAGCUCGCGAGGAACUGAUGAGGAUGCUGGCAGAGGACGAGCUGCGAGAUGCGGUUCUCCUCGUCUUUGCCAACAAACAGGACCUCCCCAAUGCCAUGAACGCUGCGGAGAUCACAGACAAGCUGGGCCUACACUCCUUACGUCACCGCAACUGGUACAUUCAGGCCACCUGCGCCACCAGCGGGGACGGCCUCUACGAAGGCCUGGAUUGGCUGGCCAAUCAGCUGAAGAACAAAAAGUGAGGCGCCUGAACAGUAACGAGGAGAAGAGCCUGGGUCCAGCUCCAGGUAGUGUUUUUAGCGGGUCUAAUGUGUUUACAUAGAGAGGUAAUGCAGAAAAGCUCCCAGGGGGUGUUUCUCAAAGGCUGUUCUCCCCAACAACCUUUUUUUAAUUUCCUUUCUUUGCAUAUUUAUGGAACUGUGGUGAACAUUUUUAGUCAUUUGUAAACCAGUGGUGUCAGACUUGACCUCAGUGAUUUCCACUUGAAUACAGACUAAAUACUGAAUAGCUCAUACUUUAUUUGGAUAUAUUUUUAUUUAUUGAGUCGGUUUUAAGAAAAAUAAACUUCUGGUGAAAUGUAUUUAUUUAUUUAUGAAUUUUCAUUCUGUGAGUGUAUAAUGGAACUUUUCUCCUGUCACUGCAGUGUCCAUUUAAUGUAAAACAGCUUAAUGAAAAGAGAAAAAUAAAAAAAAUCUAGGAGCGGUGCGUCAGUGCUGCACGGAGAUAUCUCAGUGCUGCUGCUGUAAAUAAAAGUUUGGUUUUUAUUCAACUCGCCUGUCUCCGUGAGGGUUAAAACCAAACUGGCGUCAGUGGAGUGUGACAUCCCGACCGACGCAGACGACAGGACAGGACUGGUCGUUUUUCCAGCUCCGAUCGUUGAUUGUUUUCAGAUUGGUUUUGUGCUGCUCUCAUCAGUUUGCUUGUCAUCCUGAUUUAUUCAUUCCUGACAUCACAGUUGCUUCUCAUGUUACCCAUGUAUCACGUUGCACAAAGUAACUUACUGUUGUAAAAACGUGCGUCUUUCCGUGCUUCUGGAGCAUCCUCAUCUUCUCGUUGAUUUUUGAAUGUUGCUAACUUGACAGUUCCGCUGAAUUUCCGUUCCUUAGAUAAGAAAAAAGGUGGGAGGAUCCUAGUUCUGCAUCAUACGGCAUGUUAAUACUGUACAAGAGCUGUAAUAAAGUGAAUAAUACUGCAAUAGCCUGUUUCCCGAGACUAUAUUUGUUAGUCUAAAUUGCUGCUGCUGGUUGGAUCAAUGCUGUACUAAUAAAUGUCAAGGGUUUUGUGCAAAGUUUACAGAACAACCUCCCAAUAUGCAAAAGCAUGCUUUUCUAUGUCAGCACAGCUGUAUAUAUAUAUCUAAAUGUUCAUGUAAUAGAAGUAUACCAUGGUACUGUUUGACUUUGCUGUAGCUGGUGGGGUCAGCGUGUUGGCAGAUAACUGACAGCAGCUUGUGUGUGUGUGUGAUGUGUUACCUAUCACGUUCGGUUUGGUGUGAAAAUCAGUUUUGUGGCCUUAUUUUGCCGGUGGUUCUUUUCUCUUAGAUACCAGGUUUGUGUGUAGGAAUGUCUCACCUAUGAUCUGUGACAGUUUCAUGGCAGGAAAUUUAGUUUUGACUGAUUAUUGACUGACAGGAAUUGGCAAGCGACAAAAAACAAAGCUGCUCAGCAUUCCAAAAAAUUAUGUUAUUUGUUUUUUUUUUCUCCAUAAGCUGUCAAAUAAUGUAACUAACUCCAAUGAGAAAAGUAGAAAAAUAUUGUUAUAUUAGGAGUGGGAAGGAGAAGUCACCCAGUCUGGGUGAGUGUUGAAUUUAUGGUGAUAUCUGGCACUUCAUUGAUCAAUAAAAGUUCAAAAAAUC